AUGGCACUUGACACAUUGCUCCUUCGGGAGCUCACAGCAGCAGCUAUUCUCUUCUUUAUCACACGUUAUUUCAUUCGUUCGCUUCUCAGAAAAUCAACCAGAACGCUUCCCCCUGGCCCAAAAGGGUGGCCGGUUGUGGGUGCUCUUCCACUACUAGGGUCCAUGCCGCAUGUCACACUGGCCAAAUUAGCCAAAAAAUAUGGACCUCUCAUGUACCUGAAAAUGGGAACAUGCAACAUGGUGGUGGCCUCAACUCCAGAUGCUGCUCGAGCUUUCCUUAAGGCCCUUGACUUGAAUUUCUCCAAUCGACCCGCUAAUGCUGGUGCCACCCACCUAGCUUAUAACUCUCAAGACAUGGUCUUUGCGGACUAUGGUCCAAGGUGGAAAUUGCUUCGUAAACUGAGCAAUCUGCACAUGCUUGGUGGUCAAGCCCUAGAGGAUUGGGCACAAGUCCGUGCCGUUGAGCUAGGCCAUAUGCUUCUAGCUAUGUGCGAAUCUAGCCAAAAGGGUGAGCCAGUGGUUGUGCCAGAAAUGUUGACGUAUGCCAUGGCCAAUAUGAUCGGCCAAGUGAUCCUCAGUCGACGAGUUUUCGUGACGAAAGGGUCAGAGUCCAAUGAAUUCAAAGACAUGGUGGUGGAGCUCAUGACCUCUGCCGGUUUUUUCAAUAUCGGUGACUUUAUACCGUCCAUUGCAUGGAUGGAUUUGCAAGGGAUUGAACGUGAGAUGAAGAAAUUACAUAAAAGAUGGGAUGUGCUGUUGACAAAGAUGAUGGAAGAGCAUGCGGUAACAGCUCAUGAGCGGAAGAGUAAGCCUGAUUUCCUUGAUAUUAUUAUGGAUAACAGAGAAAACUCUGAAGGGGAAAAGCUCAGUUUGACCAAUGUCAAGGCUCUUCUCUUGAAUCUAUUCACUGCUGGCACGGACACAUCCUCUAGCAUAAUCGAAUGGGCAUUAGCUGAAAUCAUGAAAAAUUCUACCAUACUCAAAAAAGCUCAUGACGAGAUGGAUAAAGUCAUUGGCAGAAACCGAAGGCUCCGAGAAUCUGACAUACCCAAACUGGCAUAUUUUCAAGCCAUAUGCAAAGAAACAUUCCGAAAACAUCCAUCGACUCCCUUGAACUUACCCCGAGUUUCCUCCCAAGCUUGUGAGAUUAAUGGCUACUAUAUCCCAAGAAAUACUAGACUUAGUGUCAACAUUUGGGCAAUUGGUCGUGACCCUGACGUUUGGGAUAAUCCACUAGAUUUCACCCCUGAAAGAUUUAUGAGUGGGAAAAAUGCCAAAAUCGAUCCACGAGGAAACGAUUUUGAGCUAAUUCCAUUUGGUGCUGGAAGAAGAAUCUGUGCUGGAACCAGGAUGGGCAUUGUGCUAGUUGAGUACAUUUUAGGCACAUUGGUGCACUCUUUCGAAUGGAUCCUACCAAACGGUGGGGAACUAAACAUGGAUGAGGCCUUUGGCCUUGCGUUGCAAAAGGCUGUGCCUCUUUCAGCCAUGGUUCGCCCACGGCUCGCCCCAAGCGCUUACGUUUCCUAAGCUCAACGAUCCUAAUGCCAAGCCCCAAAUUCUAUCCAGCCAGAUGGCUUAUAUAUGAUCAUUUUUUUCGUAGUUGUUUUGG